GGCAUCCCAAAGCACAAAAGAGUAUAUAAUAUAUAAUCCUUUAACCAAAGACACCGUCUUAUCAGCCUUCACCAUGGUGACAAAGAGAUUUUCUUCAGCUGAAAAGGUCGACCCUGCGCCUCUUGGCCAGCCGCUGACCUUUGAGUUCAGUGGCAAAACGGCUAAGAACCGCUUUCUCAAGUCUUCCAUGUCUGAGCAACUGUCAAGUUGGGACGAGAAAGAUCCAGCAAAGAGAGGAAUCCCCUCAGAUGAGCUCAUCAAUUUGUACAGACGAUGGGGUGAGGGUGGAUAUGGAGUCAUCCUUCUCGGCAAUACCAUGAUCGAGGUCGACCAACUGGAGAUUGACGGAAAUCACAUUAUUCCUUCAGAUGCACCUUUUUCCGGAGACCGAUUUGAGAAGUUCAAGGAGCUUGCUUCAGAGUCCAAGAAGCAUGGUAGUCUUGUAUACCCUCAGCUUAGCCAUCCCGGUCGACAGGUUCAAGAAGCCAUUCAGCCGAAUCCAAUCUCCGCUAGCGACGUGCAGCUGGUGAUACCUGCAAUGGGGACCUUUGCCAAACCGAGACCGAUGGAGAAGGCCGACUUUGACAGGGUCAUUAACGAAUUUGCUCACGCGGCUGAGUACAGCUACAAGGCUGGAUUCGAUGGCGUUCAGCUGCAUGGCGCACACGGUUAUCUCUUGGCCCAGUUCCUAGCACCGUCAACUAACAAGAGGACCGAUGAAUACGGCGGCUCGCUGCUCAACCGGGCAAGACUAAUCUUCCAGAUUGCCGAUGCCAUCCGCGCUCGCGUUCCUGACAAGGCCUUCAGUCUCGGCAUCAAGCUUAACAGCGUAGAGUUCCAGCAGGGUGGCUUCACCCCUGAAGAAUGCAAGGAUCUCUGUGUAGAGCUUGAGAACAAUUUUGACUGGGUCGAGCUUUCAGGCGGCACAUACGAGGAGUUGGCAUUUACGCAUAGAAAAGAGUCUACCAUCAAACGAGAGGCCUACUUCCUCGAAUUCGCCGAAUUGAUCAUCCCGCAUCUGAAGAAGACCAAAGUGUAUGUCACUGGCGGUCUGCGCUCGGCGGCUGGCAUGGUCAAGGCCCUAAACUCGGUGGAUGGAGUCGGAUUGGGCCGACCAGCUGCUUACGAGCCUGCGCUGCCGCAGAGAAUCCUUGACGGUGCUGUGGAUGGUGCAGUGCAGCCAUUUUUCGACGAGAACGAUACUGGCUUAGGUCUUCUUGCAGCGAAAACCGAGAUGAAACUUGUUGGCCUUGGUCACGAACCCCUUGACUUGAGCAGAGAGGACCACCAGAAGGUCUUUUCGGCCGCACUGAGCAAAUGGUCUGGCCGACUUGGUCCUCUAGAUAUCGAAGACUUUGACUUUCAGCCUUAUGGCACUGCCUAUGCCUAGGCCAAAUUGAUGGUGGGCGCCUUGAGGGGAGUUUAAUUGUACAUGAGCACACAAGAUAUAUAAGCCUACAUGAGAUUAACAUACUAUUGGAGAGAAAUAAAUGUAUGCACAUAGGUAAUCUAGUUGCUUGGAGCGUUUGCCUACAUAUGCAGCUACUGAUUUUCCCGC